AUUACUUUGGAUGGAUGCCGGUGUGUCUGCCAUAGAUUGCCUUCAGUCAGUGGCUGUAGACGUUACCGACGCCUAAUGACUUUAUCAAUAGCCGCACCGAUGAGAGACGGUAGGUUGAGUGCUGUAGAAGAGAUGUGGACUUUAUUACAGCGCAUCCAAAUAUUGUCUUAUUACAUAAUUACGCCGGGCUGGAACAGUGCAUCCACAUCCACACGCUUACUUAUUUUAUGGUCACUCUGAGACGAUAUGGCCAGACAUUGGUUUAAUACAUGGUCCGGCUGAGACCAUUAGGCCUCAUAUUGAUUAGUAAGCGUUGCACAUUUUGCACGCAGCUAUUUUUUUCCUGUUCUUUGCAAUAUUGCUCAAACCCAAUAAAGUUGGAUGGGGACAUUUGAUGAACAGCAAUUUUCAAGUCUUUCCACAUAUUCUCAUUUGGAUUGAGUUCCGUACUUUGACUGGGACACUCAAGGACAUUCACAAACAUGUCCCGAAGCCAGUCCAGUUGCUGUCGUGCUGAAGGAUGAAUAUUCUCCCCAGUGUUCUCCUUUUCUGUUACAUAUUUGUUAUUAAGUUAGAACAACUAGCAGAUGUACUUUAUUUCAAUGAUACUAUGGACAUUUUUGUGUUGAUCCGUGGCAAAACCUAACACAGUUACACACUUUAUCCUAAUUUACACACUGGAGAACCCAACUAUUCUUAUUGGCUUGUGCACUCCCAAUGAACCAAUAGUUAUUAUUUGAUGCUUAACAGUAACCUAACUCCUAUUUCCAGAAAAGCUUGAUAUGUCCUUGCUGUGUGACCCUUCGGUGUAGACACAUAGCCUCCACACACUGCUGUGCUUGUCUAGCACAAGUCAACAUUGACCAGUUAGACACUCUGACUUAAGUCGUGGGUGCAGAGUCCCACCUGGGUAUGUGUUCUAGGUUUAAAGGCGUAUUAUGUACAGGUAUAUCAGAAAGCCUCAGUGAAAUACGAGUCAGUGCUCCAAGUCUGCGGGAGCUCUUAUAUUUGGCUGUACUGUGGCACUGUGCUUUUUGAUAAGGGACCUCAUGUUUUACGUGAUUGGUGGAAUUACUGUUUCCAUCAUAGCGUUUGUCUUCACCAUCAAGUUCCUAUGUGAGCUUGCUGCGCGGGUGGUAAGCUUCUUGCAGAAUGAGGACCCAGGGAGAAGGGGCGAUCGGAGCAUCUAUGACUAUGUACGGGGGAACUACCUGGACCCGCGCUCAUGCAAGGUGUCCUGGGAUUGGAAUGACCCACAGGAAGUGGGCCAGACUAUGAGCUUUCGUGUUCAGCUCUUCUAUAAGAAUGGCCAGCCCUUCCCCGCCCACCGGCCCGUGGGAUUAAGGGUCAUCAUCACCCACAUAGAGCUGUCCCUGGACAUCCCUGUCACCCAGGAGGUGCUGCAGGACCCAGAGUCCAACGUGGUGAAAGUGGCCUUCACUGUCCGCAAGGCUGGACGCUACGAGGUGGCUGUCAAACUGGGGGGACUCAAUGUGGCAUACAGCCCCUACUAUAAAAUAUUCCAGCCAGGGACAGUGGUGCCGUCCAAGACAAAGAUAGCCUACCACUUCUCCACCCUGGUGUUGGUGUAUGGUCAGCAGCACACCCUGCAGAUCGAGCCUCGGGACGAGUAUGGCAACCCCACCAGUAACUCCCCUUCGCUUAUGGAUGAAGUCAACUACAGCCUCCACGUCUACUCGUUAGGCACCGGGGACGAGGAGAACCUGGAGGACUACUACAGUAAGUCAGUGUUGUCCAACAAGCAGCAGUGCCAGAUACUCCUGAAAAUCACCCUGAAGAAGAAGGGCUGUUUCCGGGCGCGCAUCUCUUAUAAUGACCUGCCCCUCAGCAACGGAGAGUUUGACAUCAUUGUUCUCAGUGAGAAUGAGAAGAACUGUGUGGAGAAGAACGUGUCCACUCCAGGAAUCAGCAUCUACUUUGAGGCCUAUCUGUAUGGUACUGGGAACUACAGUAACUACAGUAACUCCUCAUGGCAGCUCCCCGCCUCGGCUCUGAUGGCUCCUCAGAGACGACCCUCCAUGGGAGAUGAGGAAGAAGAGCACGACUCCCCUGUAGAGGGCCAACCUGAGAAGGUUAAGAAACCAAAAAAGGUCUACUGCUACAUAUCGCCAAAGCAACUGUCUGUGAAGGAGUUUUACCUGAAGAUUAUUCCAUGGCGCCUUUUCACCUUUCGAGUAUGCCCAGGAACGAAGUUCACAUACUAUGGUCCUGACCCCAUUCACAAGUACCUGACUCUAGUGGUGGACGAUGGGAUCCAGCCACCAGUGGAGCUGAGCUGUAAAGACAGAAACAUCAUGGCUGCCACCUUUAUCCGCUUCCUGCACAAAAAUAUCGGUGGCUCAGAGACUUUUCAGGACAAGGUGAGCUUUUUCCAAAGGGAACUCCGACACAUCCACUCCAAGAGACCUCGCACCAAGACUUGCCUGAAGAUCACGCGCCACUGCAUCCUAGACUCUUCUCUGAAAUCAACCCGGAACUUCUCGGUGUCAGACUGGAGUAAGAACUUUGAGGUGGUGUUCCAGGAUGAGGAGGCUCUGGACUGGGGAGGGCCACGAAGGGAGUGGUUUGAGCUCAUCUGUAAGACCCUAUUUGACACCAACAAUCAACUGUUUACUCGCUUCAGUGACAACAACCAGGGCCUGGUUCACCCCAACGCUGAUCGGCCCCCUCACCUACGUCUGAAGAUGUAUGAGUUUGCAGGCCGCGUGGUGGGGAAAUGCCUAUAUGAGUCGGCCCUGGGGGGGGCUUACAAGCAGCUGGUCCGGGCUCGCUUCACCCGCUCCUUCCUGGCACAGAUAAUUGGACUCCGAAUGAACUACAAGUACUUUGAGACGGAUGAUCAGGAGUUUUACAAAACGAAAGUCUGCUUCAUCCUAAACAAUGAUGUAAGUGAGAUGGACCUGGUGUUUGCCGAAGAGAAGUACAACAAGUCAGGACAGCUGGAGAAGGUAGUGGAACUGAUAUCUGGAGGAGCUCAGAUCUCUGUCAACAAUGACAACAAGAUGCAUUAUCUCAACCUGCUGGCUCAGUAUAGGCUAGCCAGUCAAGUUCGAGAUGAGGUUGAACACUUCCUCAAAGGUUUGAAUGAACUUGUUCCAGAGAACCUUCUGGCCAUAUUUGAUGAGAAUGAGCUGGAGCUCUUGAUGUGUGGUACAGGGGACAUCAAUGUCCAGGACUUCAAGGCCCACGCUGUGAUCGUGGGAGGGUCCUGGCACUUCAGAGAGAAGGUGAUGAAGUGGUUCUGGGCCGUAGUGUCUAGCUUCACCCAGGAGGAGUUGGCUCGCCUGCUGCAGUUCACCACUGGCUCCUCCCAGCUGCCCCCUGGGGGAUUCAACACCCUCUGCCCCUCCUUCCAGAUCAUCGCAGCCCCCACGCACAGCACCCUGCCCACCGCACACACCUGUUUUAAUCAGCUGUGCCUCCCCACGUACGACUCUUACGAGGAGCUCCACAAAAUGCUGAAGCUAGCCAUCAGUGAGGGGAGCGAGGGCUUCGGCAUGCUCUGAUUGGCGCCAUCCCUCUCUGGGUUCAUCAUCUUGGUCACACUGUGGCCCAGCUCAUGACACCAGCAACCUGGUCCACAGUACGCCCCUGUCACCCUCUAUCCGUGGUCUACAUCCGUGGCAUUACAGGAAGUCCUCAGUAUCUUCCAGAAAGCCAUGUGAAGUCCACCAGAUGUUCCAGAAGGCCCUGUGAAGUCCACCAGAUGUUCCAGAAGGCCCUGUGAAGUCCACCAGAUGUUCCAGAAGGCCCUGUGAGGUCCACCAGAUGUUCCAGAAGGCCCUAUGAGGUCCACCAGAUGUUCCAGAAGGCCCUGUGAAGUCCACAUGAUGUUCCAGAAGGCCCUGUGAAGUCCUCAGGUGGCACUAUGUGAAUACUGUACAUUGGUCUUUUCUACUUAGGAAGAAUUUAACUGGUAUAAAUAAGGCUUUGCAGUUUUAUUCUGCUGGAGUUGCUACAUUUGAUAUGUUUGAGACUGAAUAUAGUGCUAGUUCAAGAGCCUAGUCAGCUUGAUGUGGUAUCGCUUUUUAGAAUUUUGAUUUGGAAAACAUAAACACUGAGGAACAUUAAAAUGCAAAAGCUGCAUCCACAAAGUGUGGAGAAGCUGUUCAACCAAUAGCACUUUGGCCUUAACUGAUCAGGGACGGAUGUGUGCAGAUACAUUAUAUGUUAUAUCAGUCUUUUGUUUCACUAUGUGUACAUACAUGUAAAUAGCUUUUCAUGUUAUUGCUACAAUUCAGAUCGUUUUGGUUUAUUUUCAGAGAAGAGAUGAGAGGUACUUGAUAUUUAUAUAAUUGAAGUUACACUUUGUGGGAGUUUCAAGUAAUAGAGUUUCUGUUGCGUUAUGAACAAUUCACAUCAACAAAUGACUUCACUGUACAAAGACACGUGGUUUUAAAGGUGCAGAUUACUUUCCCAUGUCAGAGUUUCUGUUUGAACUUGUGGACAGGUUUGUGUUGUUUUCAUCUAUACUGUUAACCUUUUGCAGACAAUGUUAUUUGUCUUGAGCCGCAAUAACAAUUUUUGUUUUAAAUCCUGCCUUAUUCACGCCCUUUGCCUCUGACCUACUCUGGAGAUGUUUAAGAAGCCUGGACUUGUAAAGUUUAACAACAGAGAUUUUGCCAUCAUUUUACUUGUAGUAGUCUUUGGCAGGGAAACCUUCAGAUGUGAAUAUCAAGUGGAUGUUAACAUGUGUAGAGACUGAAACUCAAGGUUGAUAUCUGUCAUGCAUUCUGCACUGUUUAUCAUUGACCACCUAGUAUGGUUUUAUCUCUCCAGUUUCAUCUAUGCAUCCCCUUUUGUGUAUCUGUGCGCUGGAGGGGUUGGCUGUCUCCUGUCUUACUGUAUGACCCAGUGGGCUGUCUCUGACUCCUUUGGCUCAGUAGAUUAGUCACCUGAGCUAGGGAUGUUAAUUUUCUUACCGUGUUUCCAUUGCAUAAUUCACAUACUGUAUUUCUACCUAUUUAUUUCCAGAUUUUUCCAUUGGUCUUAGUGGAUAAUUCCAAAUAUACUUUUCUGUUUUGUUUUUCUUUGACUUCUGUAAUAUCUUCAAUUGUCAUUUCAUCCCUGUAGUGGACUUUUGUGACAAGAUGCAAUGUAAUGUAGCGCUACCACUUUACAGUAUGUACAGGCUAUUUAGUAGAGCCACCAGCUAGAACACAGCACAUAGCACAAUAGCACAGUAGCCUAAAGCCACACAUUCUUAUGCAAUAUUCUUGCAUCAUUUGAAGUGUUAACAAGAUCAUAUUCACCUGAAUUAUUAACCUCUCAAUGCACUACAAAUGCAAUACAACAGCGGGAUAUGUUAGUUUUUCCAAUUCUUGUCACAUUUGCAAUGUAAAUAUGAAUCAGCCACAAAAAUUUACCAGUAUAGCAAAAUACACACUUAUUGCUUCUCAAAAUUUCACAAACUGAAAGAAUAACUUUUUCUUAACUCGCAGACUGGCAGAAUAACUUUUCUUUAACUCACAGACUGACCAAAUAAGUUUAAUUUAACUCACAGACAGACAGAAUAAGUUUACUUUAAGGUGUGUUUCAUUUGUAGCUGCUAGUGUGUCCUUCAAAUACCCCCUGGCCAAUCGAAGCUCCUUCUUUCGAGAUAGUUUUCUAUAUAUGCCUCAGACAAAGGGUUAAGGAAAUGUUGACUGAAAGUUGAGAAAUGCUAAAAACAUGAACAAUUUUGGUCAGAUUCUGCACAUCCAUGCUGGCAAGAUUUGAUUUCUGUGUAUCAGGGAUGGACUAGAUGGAUGAUGUCAAAUAAUAUGGGAGCUGACCGAAGUAGCAAUGCAUUGAUUUGUAGGAAAAUAUUAUUGUUAUGAAGCAUAUAUAAUAACACUGGAUGGACCAUGUGGUUGGAUUACAUGUAAACAAUAAAACAGAGAAGGACAAAACUAGAGAAGGUAAGGAACACCUCAAUAUUUAGAUAAUUUUACUGUCAUAAGCAGUUCAGUCUGUUUAAGGUUACAGCUAUUGAUCCAGUGAGCGAUUUGAAAAGCUCUGUUGUUAUUGGGGUUUGGUUUUGGAUUUUUAUCUAUGUAUAUAUUGUUAAAUAGUUGCUCAUGGUUGGAUGUGAGUUUUUUUUAAUGUGUGAAACAAAUGGCAAAACUGUUGGCCAUCACUGAUGAAUGUCAGGGUUCCUGCUCUGCAGACCCUUCAUUGUUCAUGGGAUUAAAAACUGGAGGGAAUUAUU